GGCGGCGCUGCGGCCGGAGACUUCAACGCCACUUGACGGACGAGCGCGGUGGAGCGGGGAGUGGGGAAACGUAGCGGAGCGAAACUCAGAUUGACCCCGGCCGAUCACGAUGCGUUGCGCCGUGCUCCUGCUGGCCUGGCUGGGGAUGGCCAGUGCCCAGCUCAGUGCCGAAGAUCAGAGCUUCAUCGAUGCGGCCCUCGGCACGGGUGGUAGCACUGGGGUCGACCCGCAGAUCGGGGGCCAAGGGGGAGGACAAGGACCCCCGGCGGAUGGAGAGUACCCUCCAUGUGACAACGGCCGAAAGUCGUGCGUGCCCUAUUAUCUGUGUGAGGACGGACAGAUCGUCACUGAUGGAGCCGGCGUCAUCGACCUCAGGUUCGGGGGAACCGGUGGCGACCAGCACAUCCAGCACUCGGACUGCAAGGAGCAGUACACGUCUGUGUGCUGUGCAGACCCUCAGAGGGUACCCGUCAUCCCUGAGCCCAUCAAACAACCCUACCAGCCCGUCUGCGGCCGCAGAAACGCCUUCGGAAUUCACGCUCGCAUUGUCGGUAUUCAGGAGAACGAGGCCCAGUUUGGCGAGUACCCGUGGAUGGCCGCUGUACUGAAGGAGGACGGCGGCAAACUGGUGUUCCUCUGUGGAGCGUCCCUCAUCGGCACAAACGUUCUCGCCACGGCGGCUCAUUGCGUGUACGGUCAGACGAACCUUGUGGUUCGUCUGGGUGAGUGGGACACCCAGCACACUACCGAGUUCUACCCCCAUCUGGACGCUGAUGUCGUCAGCGUGGUCGUCCACGAGGGCUACAAUCAUGCCCGCCAGAACCUCCACAACGACAUCGCGCUGCUCUUCCUGAACGGAGAGGUCCCCCUGCAGGAGCACAUCGACACCAUCUGCCUUCCCGAGGCCAACAGUCAGCCAGUGUACGGAGAGAACUGCUUCGCCACCGGCUGGGGCAAGGACAGCUUCGAGCAGGGCCAGUUCCAGCUGGUGCUGAAACAGGUCGCCCUGCCACUGGUCAACCACGGCACGUGCCAGAACCAGUUGAGGGCGACCCGUCUCGGUUCCCGGUUCAUCCUGGACCGCAGUUUUCUGUGUGCUGGAGGAAACGGUGCGGAUACCUGUACUGGAGACGGAGGAUCCCCACUGGUGUGUCCGGAUCCCACCAACCCAGACAGGUACAUCCUGCGAGGCAUCGUCGCCUGGGGCAUCGGCUGCGGCACCAUCAACGUUCCCGGUGUCUACGUGGAUGUCACCUACUUCAGCACCUGGAUCAACAACCAGAUCCUCAACCACCAGCCGCUGCCGUAGGUCUUCGGCUUCAUCCUGAACUGGAAGCUGAAGCAACCGCAACCACCGGUGAUCACAUGAGUCUAAAGGCCGCCGUCCACUGUGCGGAACGCGUGCGGUCCGUACGGAAUUUAACACAGAACCCUACGGGCGCAUCCGGUCCGUACGGAAAUCGUGUGCGCUCCGUCCGGACCGCAUCCGAACGGCAAUCAGCUGUUGAUUUUCCGUCAGCUCUCCGCAUGCGUUUCGGAUGCGGUUGCUACGGAGACGGAAGAGUGAUGUCCGACGCGUUGAACUUUUCUGCGGAAAACGCAUCCGGAACGUCCGGAACAGACGUGGUUUGGGGCCGUAUCGGAGGCAAACAUUGUGAAUUGGACGAAGAAUUGGAACUCGAUCAUCAUGAAGUAAGUAAAAAUUAUUUCCUUAGAAUGGCAAGAGUAUUCGCUGCUGGUUACUUGCAAUAUUUUAUUUGGUAAUAAGUGAAAGGAAACAUUUAUUAGCUCUCCGCAUCCGGACCGCAUCCGGACCGCAUCCGGACCGGAUGCGGCCAGCGUGCGGCGACAUUCCGGACGGACUCCGGACGGAAUUCCGUCGCAGUGGACGGCGGCCUUAAGAGUUUCACGGUCUUGGGUGGUGCUUGUGAAUUGGCUGAUAGUGCACGCACUGGCUAUAGUGGAAGGAACUUUGAGGCAUUAGGUAUAGCUGUGUGGGGACUCCGGUUGCGGGUUCGUUUUGUAAUAGCUAGCGCUACGGAGGUGAGCUUGCUUUCAAUAUAUCAGUAAUGGCAUAAAAUAUAUUCUAGAUACAUUUUGUCAACGCACAUUUUAGAAGCAGCAUCACAUGAUCUUAAAAGCUCCAUCGGGUCGUCAGAUUUUAUGAUCUUUUCUGAUUCCUGUGGAAAAUGUGUGCGCUCUGGUAGUUUCGUAUUGUAUCUUGACGAUAAAUGUUCUGUGGAAGUUGCAGCUUUAGCACAGUGCGUGGACCGAUCGUGCGUCCAUCUUAAAAAAUACAUGAUUUGAACAUGAAUAUAGGUACCUCAUGUUUUCUAGAAAGCACUCCUACGGCAAAUACAUUUAGAAACAA